AUGUCUUCUCCAUCAACAGCUUAUCCGCCUUACCAACCCCACCGGAAUUCUCAAUCUUUUGACCCCAAUGCUCCGCCUGCACCUCCACCAAAACCAAGCAGUCGAGAAGUCAGUGGACGUAGUACACCUGCCGGAGGUCAACCCCUGCCUCCUCCCCCACCUCCACAACUAGAAGGUUUCGGCACUUAUGGCGCCUCUGACGAUCCCCGGGCUCUGCAGCAGGCCCGAUUCAGUAAUAGUGAGGUACUCUAUGCAGAACAGAUUCAAGAUCCUGGCGAACGUUGGCUUCCCAAGAUCUUAGAGGAUAAAACAAAGCAAGAUCUAGCCGAUGUUCUGGCGAAACCCGAUCUUUUGGCUGCUCUUGCACAUUCAACCUCAACUGCACAUGCUUCUAUUGCUUCUGCACAAGAGCCUUUGCAAGCUGCAUUAGCAGAAAACAUAGCUCUUGCAUCACAUUUAAUUGAGCUUGAGGCACGUCUUGCCCAUUUGAGAUCAUCGACACAGGCUCAACUUCUAUCAACGCAUGCCCUAGAGCGGCAAUGGAAGCAGAAGCAGUCCGAUAUGGAUCGCGCUCUGGCACCAUUUUCUCCCUCUUCCCUCUAUCAAAGGCUUAGUCAAGCUGUACAAGAGCAAGAAAUGGUGUGCCGUGCUCUUGAGGAAAGUUUUCUUGAGGGCGACGGCGGCACUGCUACCGAGAGGGAAGUUAUUGAAUGGGUCAGAAGGUACCGGGAAGCGACGAAAGUCUAUUACUCACGGAGAGAGCGAAAGGAGAGAUGGGACGAAGGUCGUGUAGGAGGAUGGAGAUAG